AAAGCUGCCGCCAGUCUUCCUUCCCUUACUAGCUGGUCUGCUAGCGACGCAUUUUCACUGACUGGCUGCUCCUACGGUGAUGGAUUUGCUUGUGGUGGUGGUUCUGGUAUAGCCUCUGGCGAAUCUGCUGGCAUUCUGGCCCAAUUGCAUGCCCUUCAACAGGAGCGGGCGAGUUUGGCUCGUGAGCGGGAAGAGUUGGCUGAACGUGAGUUGGAGAUUCGUAUGAAAGAGGAGCGAUACAAUAAGCUCUUGGACUCGAUAGCAGUGAGUUUCUUACUCAUUAAUUUUCCUCCUUCACACUGCAUUUUCUUUGCGGCUUCACAGUUUACUAGCCUAUUCCAACCAUAUGUACUUUUUUCAUCCUCAGAAUUUGGUUCUUAUUUCCCGAUUUCAUUUGUUCCUUUUUUUGCUGUUUCUUUUUAUGCUUACCUCUAA